AUGAGGCGUGCGCCGGCGGCAGAGCGCCUUUCCGAGCUGGGCUUUCCCCCGCGGUGCGGGCGCCAGGAGCCGCCUUUUCCGCUGGGUGUCACUCGGGGGUGGGGGGGAUGGCCCAUUCAAAAGCGCCGCGAGGGGGCCCGGCCAGUGGCCUUCAGUGAGCGCUCGCAAGAGGACGGCAGAGGCCCGGAGGCUCGCAGCUCCGGGACCUUGUGGCGCCUCAGGACGCGGCUGCCCGCUUGCCCGGACCUCGAGCCGCCGCCUCCACCGCCGCCGCUCUGCUUCCUGCGUGUUAGCCUCCUCUGCGCGCUCCGGGCGGGCGGCCGCGGGAGCCGCUGGGGCGAGGACGGCGCGCGGCUGCUGCUGCUGCCCCCGGCCCGGGCGGCUGGAAGUGGAGAGGCCGAGCCGAGCGGCGCCCCUCCCUAUGCCGGGAGGAUGUUGGAGAGCAGUGGCUGCAAAGCGCUGAAGGAGGGUGUGUUGGAGAAGCGCAGCGACGGGUUGCUGCAGCUCUGGAAGAAAAAGUGCUGCAUCCUCACUGAGGAGGGGCUGCUGCUUAUCCCGCCCAAGCAGCUGCAACACCAGCAGCAGCAACAGCCUGGGCAGGGGCCGGCCGAACCGUCCCAACCGGGAGGGCCCGCCGUGGCCAGCCUCGAGCCGCCGGUCAAGCUCAAGGAAUUACACUUUUCCAACAUGAAGACCGUGGACUGCGUGGAGCGCAAGGGCAAGUACAUGUACUUCACUGUGGUGAUGGCCGAGGGCAAGGAGAUCGACUUUCGGUGCCCGCAGGACCAGGGCUGGAACGCCGAGAUCACGCUGCAGAUGGUGCAGUACAAGAAUCGUCAGGCUAUCCUGGCGGUCAAGUCCACACGGCAGAAGCAGCAGCACCUGGUCCAGCAGCAGCCCCCGCAGCCGCAGCUUCAACCCCAACCCCAGCCUCAGCCCCAGCCCCAGUCACAGUCUCAGCCGCAGCCCCAUGCCAAGCCCCAGCCCCAGCCUCAGCAACUCCACCCGUAUCCGCACCCGCACCCGCACCCGCACCCGCACCCACACCAACUACCGCACUCGCACCAACAGCCGCUCUCGCAGCCGCACGGCCACAGGCUUCUCCGCAGCACCUCCAACUCGGCCUGAAGGGGGCAGCACCCGGGCCAGACAAGGUUUUGAGGACUCGAGGAAGUGGGACGAGCACCUUUCUGUUGUCUUCACUUGAAUCGAAAGCAAAAGUCUCCCCGCCCCGCACCAGAUCAAGUAGUUUGGACAUCACCCUAUUGAUAACUUGAGAUUCCUCUUAGUUUUCUGCAUACUCUUCAUCACAAUGCGGGAAACGGUUUCAGUCCAGAAGGCUUUAUUUAUGAACCUUUGAAAGGAUCUUCCAGUAUGGUGGACCUUCUAGGAGCAAUGAUGUACUGUAAUUUUAUUUUAAUGUAUUUUGAUUUAUGAUUAUUUAUUAGUUUUUUUUUAAAUGCUUGUUUUAAGACAUUUCUGAAUGUAGGCCAUUUUCCAAAAAAGAAACUUUAUUUUCAAAAACCUAUUCCCUAGUAAAUUCUAAUCUUGGAAAAGGAAAAAAAAAAAAGUAGAAGGGCGGUGGAGGGGAAAACAUUAAGAAUUCAUUCAUUAUUCCUAGGGCAUUUUCAGAAGGUCUGACACUUUCAUUGUUAUGCCAGGUGGUUGAAAUUAAACUCUGUGAUAUUA